AUGGCAGACGAUGAUAUCAACGAUGCGCUGCUCAAAAGGGGAAGCGAGUGUGAAAGCCAACCUCUUAUUUACCCGCCGUCAAUCUCUACAAACCAGUUUAGUUUAAAACAAGUUUUAGUUAUCUUGGUUGCAUACCUAACCGUGGGAACGAUCUGUUUUUCUCUAAUCCAAGAUCAAAUCAGCGGCAAGAAAACAAACAAAAUUAUUGAUGCGGUCUAUUUCUGUGUCAUCACAAUGACGGCUGCAGGAUAUGGUGACGUAGGACCAGAAACAAAUUUGGCGAAGUCUUUAGCUUGUAUCUUUGUGUUUACAGGCAUGGCUCUUGGUGGCUUUGUACUUAGUAAAGCAGCAGAUUACAUAGUUGGAAAGCAGGAAAUCUUGUUUGUAAAAGCGAUACACAUGCGUGAAACCUAUGGCCAAGAUAAGAUCCUCAAAGAAGCCGAAACAUAUAAAGUCAAGUACAAGUUUCUUACUAUUCUUAUACUAAUAAUUAUUCUCGUGACUAUUGGAACUCUAUUCUUGUCUCUUGUUGAAAAAUUGAGCUACUUUGAGGCUUUUUAUUGUGUUUGUGCUACAAUUACGACUUUGGGUUAUGGGGACAAAAGCUUCUCGACUCAACCAGGGCGUUUGUUUGCCAUUUUCUGGAUCUUGAUUACUACCGUUUCUUUAGCGCAGCUAUUUGUUUAUUUAGUUGAACUAUGGACUGACAACAGACGAAGAGUACUUGUACAUUGGGUACUAAACAGGAAAUUGACGAUCCAAGAUCUUGAGAAAGCUGAUCUUGACAAUGACAAAGUUGUCAGUGUUGCAGAAUAUGUUUUAUAUAAACUGAGAGAGAUGGGGAAGGUGAGUGACGAAGAUAUUGCGACUGUGGCAGAAGGAUUUAAAAAUCUUGAUAAAGAUCACUCAGGAACAUUGACAGCCAAUGAUAUAAAACUCGUGCAGUCAUUUGAAGCACACUGUUGA